AUGGCCACACUACUCUCAAAUAGAUCAGCCAGGGGCUUCAGUGCCUUGAAGUUGGCGGCGACGACAGCUCCAACCUGGACAAGGCGCGCUGUAUCAACUCUCCCGCAAAACGAGCACAUCUAUGUCCACGAGCAGCCGUCCAGCCCUCCUCAGACCGGCUACCUCUACUCCUACCUGAAAACGACUCCUCCAAUCCCCUCGCUCGCCAUCGGCACCUCCCCAACCAACCCACCUCACCCCGACUCCCUCACAGAGAACCAAUCCUUCCUCGACAUCCUCCACCACGUCGUUGCAUCCAUAGCCUCCUCCGACCCCGAAGUCCAAGCCCAAGCAACCAUGUACGCCUCCCAAGCUGGCUCCGGUCUCGGAAGCGGCGGUGUCUUCUUCCCCAACCAGCGCCGCGAGCGCAAAAAGCACCUCUCGGCGGGUGGAGGCGGAGGCGGCGGUGGGACUGGCGCUGGUGGGGCAAGCGCACAAGGUGGCAUGGGAGGAGCGGGACGAGGUGGAUAUAUUCACGUUAGCGAUCAGAGGAACCCACCUGAUUGGGGAAGGACUGCGUGGCCGGAAGAUAUUCUGGGGAGUUUGGAGGUUGAUGGGAAUGGGGCGUUUGUGGACGGGACGGGACGGUAUCAGAGGAGUGGCACGUACAGAGUAUUGACGCAUGAAGGAAUGCUUGGAAUUAGUCCGUAUCUGAGGGAGAAGUUGGUGGAAAAGUUGAAGGAGCUGGAGGCGCAGGGAAAGAGGAAUGGAUAG